AUAACCGUAAGACGACUCGGGUCACAACGGAACCAGGCAGUUACUUGUAGCUGCUACGUGGUUCGAAUGAAUGAAUUGACUGGGAGAGUAGAGCACUUUCUACGGUAGUUCUGUCCUUUGUCGAGACUAUCAGCAUAGGUUAUUAAGAAUCCUUCUUAGUCGACCUUGUUCCCAUUCCUUUCGUUUUAGUUGAUUUUCGGUUGAGGUGCAUAUGCAUUGCAAGUCUGUAGGCUGACAUCGAGUGUCUUCGACAAACGAGUACGCACUUGGAAAUUAUGAGAUGGAUCGAUGAAAGGUCUCUGACUCUGUUGAUGAGAGUGGAGACGCAAAAAUUUCUGUUAGCUUGACGCCUCGUCAAUAAGAACUAACCUCGUCGCUUGUUUUGACACGUAAUAUUAAUGUCGACCUUCUAUCUCCCGCUUAUUUUGUUGCCCCAACGUGAACGUCAGGAGCACCAGCAGGGUACUGAAUAUGUUUGAUUUAAUACCGCAUUUCAUCCUUGUGGUCUCGUGAACUGCUCCUGCAUGAUACUAAAAUUUUCCAGCAUUGCUUAUGCGUAUUAUCACUAGGAUUUGAUUACGAUUUUCCGAAAAGUCUUGGUUUUGCGCCGAGGACGUUGAAUGACUGGUGGUAUAGUUUUCCUCCUUGUACGCACAUCAUUUUCCGCCAAGAACAUGAUCUUCCAGCACCUUGCUUAACCAAACAAAAUAAAUAGCCUUGGGUCUCUUGUCCGAAUUUAGUACUUCUGUGCAGUUGUCGGAGGUACUAGAUCCGAAAUGUUGAUUGUUGAUUAGUUCUUGUAGUGCAAAAUCCACCUCCUUGUGCACCGAAUUUGAAAAAUGGUCCUCCCUCGACUUGGUUGAGUGGUUGACGUCUUGCACGAUAUACCAACGAACGAAGCGCGCGUUGACUUGUCAGGAGCACUGCGGCUUUCCGAUAAGUAGACCGUUGACCUUCUAGUUGUAGUCCUCGAGAAGAAACAUUCGACGCUUUCGUCCUGUUCUUUGUUCGUUCACAUUCAACAACCGAGAACUACAUUAUUUUGUUCUGCCAAGAAGAAUAUCGACAUCAUGUUGCAGCGAACGAGGCUUUUUUUGUGGCAGCAUGGAGGCAGGUGCAAGUCUACGCAGCUGCAAGCAACUGCGUCUUCGUCUUCAAGCACAACUACAACGGUAGCUGGAGGCGGGGGACAACAAGUAGAUUCCUCAUUUGGAGGCUCAUCAUCAUCCUCAUCAAGUCCUCCAAGUGCACCUCCCUUGGCAAGUAACAGCAAUCGUGAACGUCUGGUGAUUUUGGGAUCCGGUUGGGGUGGUUACCCCUUUCUGAAAGCCUUGGACACACGGAAAUAUCAAGCCAUUCUCGUUUCCCCGAGAAACCAUUUCCUCUUCACGCCACUCCUAGCCAAUGCCGCAGUGGGUGGUAGUGACAUCGCGAGCAUUUGCCAACCUGUUAGAACACUUUGCGCAGACAAAGGUGCGAGGUUUUACGAAGGAAAAGCGAUAAAGCUCGAUAAGGAGAAUAAGCUGUUGACUUGCAAGACGUUGGAUGGUCGAAAAUAUCCUUUGAAGUACGACAAAUUGAUUAUUUCCGUUGGGUUUCAGGCGAAUGACUUUGGGAUGAAGCAACUGUCCGACUACGCGUUCUUCAUGAAGGAGACGGCUGGUAUUUGUUAGACUUACUUCUAAUUCUAUGGAAGAUUCUUACGGUUAGGGUUAGCACCACACUCCUAUUGCUAUUCACACGUUCUUGUCGGGUAACUCGAGGAUUUUUUCAGAAGUAGCUACUGAUUGUAAAAAUUCUCAGGGAUCUUCCUUCCACCAAAAUGUUGAACAUCUCCAGAUGCCCGCCGUGUCCACGACCACAUCAUGCAGUGUUUUGAGGAUGCAGCUACCCUCCAUGCUCAAGAGCCAGGCGAAGGAGCUUCACCUGAAGAAGUCGGAGACUACGAGAAUAUGCUUCGUCGACGACUGUCGUUCGUCACCGUAGGAGGAGGUCCAACUGGAACUGAAUUCUGCGCAGAGUUGGCAAACUUCGUGAAGGAGGACGUGAUCAAAUUGUACCCAUACUUAGCAAAAUACUGGAGCGUGCAUUUGGUUGAAGCGGGGGAUUCGAUACUGCGACCAUUUAACGACGAAAAACUGCAGAAAUUUAUGCAAACAAUUCGUCGCCCUUCUUAUUAUUAUAGAUACAUAGAUGAUCUUGAUAGCCCCCAAUUCUUAUUCUUGAAGUUGAAUGCAAGCUAGUACUUCCCCUUUUUACUAGCGAGACGAGGUCGUAGAACGCUAUUAACGGGUGGUAUUCACCCAUAAAAAUAAUAAUGGAGAAGAUGAAGUUAAUGUAAGUUUUUAGAGUUACCUAGAACUAGGAUGCGUGGUUCACCUCCAGAUCAUUCUUCCACCUCAUAACCUUUACUCAUUCCACGUAGCUGCACUGGACGAAUUUAGAGAGUCCUCAUCUGCUAACCUUCACGGUUACGAGCAUUUAACAACGCAAGCGAAAGUGCAGGUGCACUUGAACAGCGGAGUUGAGGAUAUCAUGCCAGACCAGUUAUUCCUGAAAACUGGCCAAGUUCUGGACUUCUCAACACUGGUUUGGUGUGCUGGCAUCAAGCCCCUACCCUUCGUGGCAAAGCUAGAUUUGGCCAAGAACGAGAAGGGAAGCCAAUUGUUGACGGAUGGCAGCUGUAAGGUCAAAGGGGAAGACAGCAUAUACGCGAUAGGGGACUGUGCGGCGAUUGAGGUGCUUCAAAUUCUCAAUGCACUCGUUUCUAAUGGAAAUUUUUAGUGCAGGGGUUAGUCUACUAAACGACCUACAAUCUAGUCCUUUCGUCAUUAUCUACAUACUUACGUCGCCGCGAUUGGGGACUGUACGCCAAUUGAGGUAGUAAGUACUUGUUCUGUCGAAAUUGAAAUUUUUGAAGAUGUAACGACCAAUACAACCAAGCUACAAGACGGGAUAACAACACAUUGAUGAUGUUCUGCUUAGGCGUAGAAGAAUGAUCUUCACGAUCACCCGUCGUCCUCAACACCUACAGGGCUACUCACUUCCGCAGACGGCUCAGAUUGCUGCGCAGCAAGCUUACCAUCUUGCGCAAGAAUUGAACUUUAUGAAGGUUGAUGCACCAGAGAUGAAACCGUUUCGUCACGUGGAUAAGGGCACACUUGCCUAUGUCGGUGGGACCAACGCUCUGUACCGCAGUCCCAGCAAAUUCUUGCCGAACUUGACAGGCAAGAUCGGCUACUUCACGUGGCGCAGCGCCUACUGGUCCAUGCAGCUGUCGAUGCGAAAUCGCAUGUUGCUUGCCGCAGACUGGUCCAAACGCUUAGUUUUUGGUCGCGAUUUGACGCGUCUAGGUGAGGCGAGCGCGCCGAAGCACACAGACGACGCGGAGCCGGGACCAACCAGAGGCUUGUUCGCCAAUGACCACAGAGAACUAAAGGGAAUGGGUGGAGGUGGAGGUGGUGGCGCACCAAGUAGAAGACAAAAUAAUAGAGCAGCAGAACAAGAAGUACAAGUGGAAGUAGUUCCUGCAGGUUCACGUGAAGAUGCGCAAAAGCAUAGAGUUGCUGAGGCGACUGCGUGAACGCGAAGACCUCACGGUCGUCCUGCUUGUUCGCAAAUAGUCAGGAAAAAUUCAGUUUGUGGACUUCAGUGCAUGGCAAGUAGUUUUCGGGCUAUUUUUUUGUCGUUCUCAUCUUCGUACUACACCAGCAUGCUCGUGGUCUGCCUCCCUACCCCUCGUAUCUUAUCCCUUUCAAAGUCUCGGUACUGCCGUUUCAAUCCUCUUGCUCUUCAAUCAUCUAUUUGCGUUCCUUUGUCAAUUACUCUUUCGGGCUUAAAAAGGACCUACUGUUGGAUGAAUCAGAUCAAAAGCUAAUAUAUACAACUUAAAAAGCAUAUGAUUAGUUCUUGUUAAGAAACCGAAACGAGUUGUAGAUUUUGAACAACAACGAAUCAGAAUAAUUUAGAGCUUGAGCUUUUUUUUUACCAUCAUCAUCAUCAUCAUCAAUAAGAAUAAAGAUAACGAUAAUAUCACCCACAAGAAGCAUUCAUGAUCUUUUAGUUGAGGACUCAGGGUGUCAUCGUAUAACUAGUCUAGGUGCUGGCAUGCUUGCCAGUGGUAGACUCAAUGAAAUGGAAAAGCAUGCAUCAAGACAAGCAUUAAGGCGAGAGGUUUGGAUCUCCUCAUCGAAAGUCAUUCUAAGUACGUAUUUUCCAUGCAACUCCUACUACUUGUUCCACCUAUUUUAUCAUUUACUUCACCACGAGCACGAUCUCCACCAAGACGACGUCUCAAGAGAACCCUUGGCACGACCAUAGGCAACAUGCUAACACUUCUAUAAGGAGGAAGACGAGUUCUGAACAGUCACAGGAGCUCGUUCUGCUUCUGCUCUAACCUCGUCUCCCUCGAGCGCAUCUUCCUGGUGUGGGGCUAACAAUUGUCGUUUCUCUUUCUCUUGUGUGGAUAGAGCUAUAAUAUCAUAUUUAGUUGUUGAUAUCAAAAACCAUAACCAUUGCAGCUCUUGCUAAUAAAGAAAAAUCAUUCUUACUUGUUUAAAGAGUUUCAUCAAUGAAUUACAAGUAUAUAGCUACCUCCUGCUGGUCUAACUGUGAAAACUACUCCUCCCGACCAUGACCGCAGCUUCCGCUUAUAUAGAAGUCCUCCAGAAUUUUUGUCGUGUGCUGACGAUCGACAAAAAUCAUAUUUUCCUUGCCGUCCUCUGGGUCUGAUCCGCUUUGAGCAGUACGCUUGAGCAGUAAGUUUGUCAAACUAGGGGAGAACUAGAACUGCACGACCGCGACCGGUCCCUUUGCAGUAUAAAAAGUACCAAUUCUUUUGUGGACACGACCAGAUAUUAUACGGCACUGAUAUCUCCUGGCGCAGCUUCGAUCAUGACGGUCGUAGUCGACUGAGUGAUUAUUUGCUGCAGCAGCUAUGGUCAUAUCAGAUCUUCGCAAGAACGUCACGACAGACACAGUCUCCUUUCUCACGACUUCUGUCAAUACUCCUUGAGUCAAUAAUCGUCUUAUUACUAUACUCGCGACGCCUUGUUGUUCGUCACCGAUGUCCAAUUAUGGAACAUAUUAAGAACCUCUCACUCUCAGGCUCAGGGUGGAGUAUGUAAUAUCUAUGCGCAUUCGAACUGGCUUACGUCAACUUCGCUAUUAUAAAUUGUUCUUCAUAGGUGAAACAAAUGGAAAAAUGACUAAGACCUAAAACUAGACGAGUCGUUAGAGCGACCACUUGUUAGAGUAGUUAUUGCUUGAAUAAAAUAAAUCAACCCCCGCCUAUUCAAUCAGAUUGUCCAGGGGUUAUUUUCCUUUAUCUAGAAUGGUGGAUUAAUUUGUGCAGAAGAUGAAUCUCCUCUUAUUUGUUCGAGACCAGCUUUCUUGACGUUCUGACAAAAUAUCUGGCAAAAAUGCCGUUUGCUAGAGCGUCGCAGGAAGUGUUUUCACACGAAACUACUCCUGCAAUUUUCCAAAUAAUACGAACUAAGAUUGGAGGUUUUUUGUUUUCUGCGUUUUGCUUUUUUGUUGAUCUGGAACAACAAGAUCAAUUACCACGACAGCAACCUGGUUUUUCUUAGAAGGCCUUGCAAAUCCUCAUUCAGCUUUUGGCAGAAAGAAAAACCUGUUGAGGAUACUAAAAAUGCGAAUGCGGCAGAAGUAUUUUUUAGCGUUACAACAAAAACAUCAAUUGACUACGUUUACGAACGCUACCGUAAAGGUAAACGUCGUAAAGGAGGUAUCGAUAUACAAGCGGCAUCGUCUUACUACUCUCCUGUUUGACUUUGAUGUUGAUAUUGUUUGAAUUUCAGGCGCCGGAAUAUGUCGUUGUCGUCGGACGACAUCACGAGCAACAUGAUGUCGUCGGCCGGACGAUAUGUCAACUUGUUACAACUUCUAUUGUUUGUGUCGGAAGAUGACAUCUAAGAUGCACUUAGUGAAACUCGCUAGCAUCCAAGAACAGCUGCUACAACAAUAAUUUGCUGAGUACUAGAUAGUUGCACCGAUAUCUACACCUUACGCGAGGACGACGUCGAAGAAUUUCUAGACCAAAAGGCGAGCAUUAAAAACAAAGUGGAAGUCAACAAGUGGUGUCAAGGUCGUCGUCAACUUCAUCUAUCAUGUUGUUACUGCCAGCAGUGGUUUAAUGUAAAAAUUUGAUGUCCCCGCACGACGACGUCAACAUGAGCGAAACAGAGAGGUUCAAGAACAUUAUCAGUGCCUUGAGACAUGCACGAG